AUGGACGCCCUCGUGCAGAUCUUCACGUCGUCGCUCGACCCCAACAUCAACACCCGCAGGGCCGCCGAGCUCGAGCUGAAAAAGGUCGAGGGCCAGGAUGGCAUGCUCAGCUCCUGCUUCCAGAUCGUCGCCUCGGCCCAGGUCGACCUCGCCGUGCGACAGGCGGCCGCAAUCUACUCCAAGAACCGCAUCCGAAGGCACUGGGAGACGACGGCGGCCCGCUCCUCGUCCGCCAACCCCAUCCCCGAGUCGGACCGCAACGCCAUCAAGUCGAGCAUCCUCCCCACCCUCGUCGACGCACCCGCCCAGACCCGCGUCCACGUCGCCAGCGCGCUCGGCACCAUCGCACGCUACGACUUCCCCGAGCAGUGGCCCAACCUCAUGGACCAGAUUGUCGCCCUCCUCUCCAGCGACCAGCCCCAGCAGGUCUACGGCGGCCUCCGAGCCCUCCUCGAGGUCGUCCGCGCAUACCGCUGGAACGACGGCGCCGCCAUGAUGGAGAAGCUCGCCCCCGCCACCUUCCCCCAGAUCCUCCAGACCGGCAACAACCUCCUCGCUUCGCCCAACGCUUCCUCGGCCGAGGUCGGCGAGAUCCUCUACCUCAUCCUCAAGAUCUACAAGACCAGCAUGCACACCGAGCUCACAAAGCACCAGCAGUCGCACGAGAGCAUCGUCCCCUGGGGCACCUUCCUCCUCAAUGUCGUCCAGAAGGACAUUGACGUCGCCAACCUCCCCGCAGACGACGAGGGCCGCGAGGAGGCCAGCUGGUGGAAGGCCAAGAAGUGGGCGCUCCACUCGCUCAACCGCCUCUUUAGCCGCUACGGCAACCCCUCGCAGCUGCCGUCGGACAUGCACAACUACAAGCCGUUUGCCGAGCACUUUGUCCAGACCUUCGCCCCCGAGAUCCUCAAGGCCUACCUCCGCCUCGUCGAGGCCAACGUCCAGGGCGCCUGGCUCAGCAAGAAGGCCGUCCACUUCCUCUGCAUGUUCUUCACCGAGUGCGUCAAGCCCAAGUCGACCUGGGCGCUGCUCAAGCCCCACGUCGACCAGCUCGUCCGCAGCUUCAUGUACCCGCGCAUCUGCUACAACGACGAGGACGACGAGCUCUGGGAGCUCGACCCGGUCGACUUUGUCCGCGCCAACCUCGACCCCUUCGAGGAGAUCGGCACGCCGUCCGGUUCGGCCGCCACCUUCAUCCAGACGGUCGCCUCGAAGCGCACCAAGAGCUCCUUCAUGCCCAUGCUCGAGUUUAUCACGUCGGUCGUCAACGCCUACCCGGCGCAGCGCUCGCCGCGCGAGAAGGAGGGCGCUCUGCACAUGUGCCGCGCCCUCGACCUGACGAUGAUCAACCACGAAAAGGUGGCCGGCAUGCUCGACGGCUUCUUUGCGCAGCACGUCAUCCCGGAGCUCAAGAGCGAGCACCGCUUCCUCCGCUUCCGUGCCAACGACCUCAUCAAGUCGUUUGACGGCCACGGCAUGAAGUGGAGCAGCGAGGCCACGCUCGAGGCCGCCUUCCGUGGCGUAAUGGACUGCAUCGGCGACGCCGAGCUGCCCGUGCGCGUCCAGGCCGCCGAGGCCAUCGGCUCGCUCAUCGCCCACGAUGAGGUCCACGCCGCCAUGGCGCCCAACGCCGCGCGCCUGAUGCAGGAGCUGCUCAAGCUGAGCGACGAGACCGACCUCGACGUGCUGACGCCGACAAAGGAAAAGGUCGUGGCCCAAUUUGGCGAGGAGCUGCUGCCCUUUAGCGUCCAGCUGACCGAGCAGAUGGCCAACAGCUACAUGCGCCUCGUCAACGAGAACCUCGAGGCAUCCGAGCGCGAGCCCGACGGCACCCUCGAGCUCAACAUGGAGGCCAACGAGGACGACAAGCUCUUCGCCGCCAUGGGCUGCCUCAACACCAUCUUCCAGAUCAUCGCCUCGGCCGAGUCGCGCCCCGAGAUGCUCGACAAGCUCGAGGCCGUCGUGCUGCCUAUCGUCGCGUACACCCUGGAGAAGGAGUGCGUCGAGCUCUACGACGACUGCCUCGAGCUCACCGACACCCUGACCUACUACCAGAAGCGCGUGUCGCCGGGCAUGUGGCAGAUCUUUGGCCUGAUCUACAAGUCGUUCAAGUCGAGCGGCAUCGACUAUCUGUCCGAGAUGCUGUCGACCAUCGACAACUGCGUCUCGUACGGCACCGACGUCGUCAUGCAGAGCGCCGAGUACAAGCACAUGCUCGUCGACAUGUUUACUGUCGGCAUGACGAGCGACCAGCUGGGCCCCAUGGACCAGGUAUCCGCGUGCAAGCUGGCCGACAUCAUCCUUCUGCUCCUCAAGGGCGGCAUCGACGAGGCCGUCCCGACGAUUGUCAACACGGUGCUCCCCGUCCUGGCCACGACCGACAAGAUGGGCGCCGAGGUCCGCCGCUGGAGCACCAUUGUCAUCCUCGACGCCCUCUACUACAACGCCGCCCUGACGCUCCAGGUGCUCGAGGCGUCCAACGCCACCGUCGGCUUCUUCAACGCCGUCACGGCGCUGCUGCCCAAGCUCAACCGCGUCCACGAGAAGAAGGUGGCCGCCUCGGCCAUUAUCCAGAUCCUCGCCCUCGACGCCGCAUCGCUGCCCGCCGCGGUGCAGCAGAACCUGCCGGCGCUCCUGGUGGCCCUCUCGGCGCAGCUCGACGGCCUGCCGGAUGCCAUCAGGAAGCGCAAGGCGCUCAUCGACGCCUUCAACGAUGAGGGAGACGACGACGACGAAGAGGGCGACGAGUCGUUCAACUCGCAGGGCGGCGCCACCGACUACGACACCUCGGGCGCCACCAACGAGGGCGACUACGAGGACGUCGACGAUGACAAGGACGUCGUCGACGAGGAAAACGAGUACCUCGAGCUCCUCGCGCGCGAGCGGGCCAAGCUGCGCGCCCAGGCCACCGCCCACGCCAACGGCGAGGAGUUCGAGGAUGACGACGACGAAGACGACGAGGACGAGGACGACGACGAGGAGCUGUCGUACGAGUCGCCCAUGGACAAGGUGCCCGUGUUUGACCACUUCCGCGAGCUGCUGGCCAACCUGCAGACGCAGCGCACCGACGUCUGGCAGGCCAUCACCUCGAGCCUCACGCCCGAGCAGCAGACGCUCAUCCAGCGCGCCGCCGAGGGCAAGGACGAGGAGGUCAAGACGCUCUGA